AUGUAUCUAUAUAAUCUUACGCUUCAGCGGGCGACGGGCAUCAGUCACGUGAUAUUCGGCAACUUCUCAGGGACGAAGGAGCAGGAGAUAGUGGUCGCGAGAGGGAAGAUUCUCGAGCUGUUACGGCCAGAUGCCGCGGGAAAGCUGCAGAGCCUGUACGCGGUAGAAGUCUUUGGCGAGAUUCGCUCGCUCGUCCAAUUCCGCCUCACUGGCUCCUCUAAGGACCUUAUUGUCGUGGGAUCUGAUUCUGGUCGAAUCGUUAUUCUGGAGUACAAUAGAGAGAAGAAUCUCUUCGAUAAAAUCCACCAGGAGACGUAUGGCAAGUCGGGAUGUCGCCGGAUCGUCCCUGGUCAAUUCCUGGCCGUGGAUCCGAAAGGACGAGCGGUCAUGAUCGCAGCCUGCGAGAAGCAGAAGUUCGUGUACGUUCUGAACCGCGACAGCUCGGCGCGCCUCACGAUCUCAUCCCCGUUAGAAGCGCACAAGUCGCAAACCCUAGUCUUCUCCGUCGUCGGCGUGGACUGCGGAUUCGACAACCCCAUUUUCGCCGCCAUAGAGCUCGAUUACGCCGAUGCCGAUCAGGACCCGUCAGGGCAAGCAGCGGCAGACGCGCAGAAGCAGCUAACUUUCUACGAGCUUGAUCUGGGUCUGAACCACGUCGUGCGGAAAUGGGCCGAGCCCGUCGACAACGGCGCGAAUCUCCUCGUCGCGGUCCCCGGCGGCGCGGACGGGCCGUCCGGCGUGCUGGUGUGCGCGGAGAAUUUCGUGAUCUACAAGAACCAGGGCCACCCGGACGUGCGCGCCGUCAUCCCGCGCCGCGCCGACCUGCCGGCCGAGCGCGGCGUGCUGAUCGUCGCCGCCGCGACGCACAAGCAGAAGUCGAUGUACUUCUUCCUGCUCCAAUCCGAAUACGGCGACGUGUUUCGGGUUACCCUAGAGCACGACCCUAAAGACACGGACCGCGUGACGGAGCUGAAGAUUAAGUACUUCGACACGAUCCCCGUGGGCGCGGGGCUGUGCGUGCUGCGCGCGGGGUUCCUGUUCGCGGCGUCGGAGUUCGGCAACCACGCGCUGUACCGGUUCCAGGGCAUCGGGGACGACGAGGAGGUGGAGUCGAGCUCCGCCACGCUCAUGGAGACGGAUGAAGGGUUCCAGCCUGUUUUCUUCCACCCGCGCCGCCUCAAGAAUCUAGUUCAGAUCGACGAGGUGGAGUCGCUGAUGCCUCUGCUCGACCUCAAGGUCUCGAACCUUUUCGACGAGGAGACACCGCAGGUCUUCGCGCUGUGCGGCCGCGGCCCGCGCUCCUCCCUGCGCAUCCUGCGCCCGGGGCUGGCAGUCACGGAGAUGGCGGUAACGCAGUUACCAGGCGUGCCGAGUGCGGUGUGGACGGUGCGCAAGAGCGCCCAGGACGAGUUUGACGCGUACAUCGUGGUGUCAUUUGUGAACGCGACCCUUGUGCUGAGUAUCGGCGACACGGUUGAGGAAGUUAGCGAUUCCGGUUUCCUGGACACCACGCCCUCGCUCGCCGUGUCUCUCUUGGGAGAGGACUCGCUCAUGCAGGUGCACCCAAGCGGCAUUCGGCACAUCAGGGCGGACGGGCGUAUCAACGAGUGGAAGACGCCCGGCAAGAAGAGCAUCGUCAAAGUCGGCUGCAACCGCUUCCAGGUGGUAAUCGCCCUGUCAGGAGGCGAGUUGGUGCAUUUCGAGAUGGACGUGAGGGGGCAGAUGGUGGAGAUGGGUAAGAAGGACAUGCCGGGGGACGUCGCCUGCCUUGACGUCGCCCCCAUCCCCGAGGGCCGCCAGCGGGCGCGCUUCCUGGCCGUCGGAUCGUACGACUCGACGGUCCGGAUCCUUUCGCUGGACCCGGAUGAAAACAUGCAGACCCAUCGCCCUCCCCCCAUACGCCCCCACCGGGCCCGGUACAAACAGUCCCUCCACCACUGCAAUACUCUAGAAUUUUCUUGUCCGUUUUUUUGUCGACUCGAAAAUACGCCCCCAGUGGGCCCGGUUCAGACAGCCCCUCCUCCACCACUGCCAUACUUUAAAAUUCUCUUGUCCUGCUCUCCCUCCGUGCACUGCCCUCCAUGCAUCUCCCUCUCUCCCUUCGCCGCCCACCAGGUGCUGAGCGUACAGGCAGUGUCAGCCCCACCGGAGUCCCUUCUCUUUCUCGACGUCCCCACCGGGCCCGGCACGGACGGCCCCUCCUCCACCGCUGCCUCCUCCUCCUCCGCUGCUGCCGCCCACGUGCCGUCCAGCCUCUUCCUCAACGCCGGCCUGCAGAACGGUGUGUUGCUGCGAACAGAAGUGGAUAAGAAUUCCGGGCAGCUUUCCGACUCGCGCACGCGCUUCCUCGGGCUGCGCGCGCCGAAACUUUUCGGUGCCCAGCUGAGGGAGCGGCGCGCCAUGCUGUGCCUCUCCAGCCGCCCCUGGCUUGGGUACUCGCUUCUGGGAAGCUUCCAUUUGACGCCUCUGUCCUAUGAGGCUUUAGAGUAUGCUGCUCCGUUCGCUUCGGAUCAGUGUCCGGAAGGUAUUGUGGCAGUGGCGGGGGAAACGCUGCGGGUUUUCACGGUGGAAAGGCUUGGAGAGGUUUUUAACCAGACGGUGAUUCCGCUAAGGUACACCCCGCGCAAGGCUGUGCUGCAUCCGCGUUUUAAGAACAUCGUGACUAUAGAGAGCGACCAGGGCGCGUUCUCGGCGGAAGAGAGGGAGGAGCUAAGGAAGGAAGCAAUUGAAGUGACGGGAGCUGCGGAGCGGAUGGAGGAGGAGAGGCGGGAGAGGAAGGAGGCUGCGAGAGCAGCGAGAGGGGCCCGAGGGGAGGACGGGGAGGAGGGGAUGGAGGAGGAGGAGGAAGAGGAGGAAGAGGAGGAGGACGAGAAAGCCAAAGACCCGCUACCGGACGAGCAAUUCGGAUACCCGAAAACGGUCCCAUCCAAAUGGGCAUCGUGCAUUCGGGUUAUCAACCCCAAGGCAGGCGAGACGACAUGCCUCAUGGAGCUCACAGACAGCGAGGCAGCCUUCUCCCUCUGCACUGUGAAUUUCCAUGCGGAUAAAACCGAGGGCGGGGCGGCAGCAGGGCAGUAUCUUGUUGUCGGCACGGCAAAAUCCCUGCAGUUCUGGCCGAAGCGGAACCUCUUGGGAGGGUUCCUGCAUGUGUAUAAGUUUAAGGGAGAGGACGGGAGGGAGUUGGAGUUGGUGCAUAAGACGGCGGUGGAAGGAGGGGUGCCCACUGCCCUGUGUGCGUUCCAUGGGCGGCUGUUGGUGGGCGUGGGGAAUGUGCUGCGGAUAUAUGACCUGGGGAAGAAGAAGCUGCUGAGGAAGUGCGAGAACAAGCAGUUCCCGCAUGCCAUCGUGAGCAUCCAUGCGUGCGGCGAUCGCAUCUACGUGGGCGACGUGCAGGAGUCGUUCCACUACUUGCAGCACAGCCGGCAGGAGAACCAGCUGUACGUGUUCGCAGACGACGUCACCCCGCGCUGGCUGACGUCAGCGCUCCGCAUCGACUUUGACACCAUGGCGGGCGGGGACAAGUUCGGCAACGUGUGCCUCGUGCGGCUGCCGGGGGAGAUCUCCGAGGAGAUUGAGGAGGAUCAGACUGGCGGGCGGGUGAAGUGGGACGCUGUGGGGGGAGGGCGGCUGAACGGAGCGCCGAACAAGCUUGAGCAGGUGAUUCAGUUCCACGUGGGGGACAUCGUCACUGCCAUGCAGAAGACGUCCCUCAUUCCAGGCGGCAGCGAGUGUGUGAUCUACAGCACGAUGCUGGGGGGAGUGGGGGCGCUGCUGCCCUUUGUCUCGCGGGAGGACGUGGAUUUCUUCUCGCACCUCGAGAUGCACCUGCGCCAGGAGCACCCUCCCCUCGCCGGCCGCGAGCACGUUGCCUAUCGAUCCGCCUACUUCCCUGUCAAGCUGCUCGUGAGCGCGUUGAAGGAGAAGAUCUCCACGCAGGUGCAGGUUCCAGCUGGCAGUCAGCGAUUGGUCUUCCGUGGGAAGGUUCUCAAGGACGAUCAGACCCUCGCAUCCUACGGCAUCAGCGCGGGCCAAGUGGUGCACCUGGUCUCGCGCCUCACGGGGAACUCCUCCCCAAGAGGCGCACGCGCGGAAGAAGAGGGGACUCGCGGAAGGUCACGGGUGCUGCGCGGUGGGCAGAUGAGGGCCGCCGCAGGGGGGGAGAGGGGUAGCGGCGGCGGUAUGGGGGGGAUACGGAUCGUUCCGGGGGGAGGGUUUGGGGGAGGGUUGGGGCACGUGCAGAUUGGCGGCCUGCCUGCCUCUGGAACCGUUCAUCUGGGCACGUUUAAUCUCCCAUCGGACGGCUCUCAGGGCCUUCCGGACCUAAACCAGAUCGUGUCCGGUGUGCUGUCCUCCAUUGGCCUUGGAGCCUUGGGGCUGGGGGGCAUGGGGGGAGGCAUGGGGGGAGGCAUGGGGGGAGGCAUGGGGGGAGGCAUGGGGGGAGGCAUGGGGGGAGGCAUGGGGGGAGGUAUGGGAGGAGGGGGGGGAGCAGGGGGUGGGCGAGUGGUGGGGGGUGGAAGCGAGGCAGCAGGUCCCACUGCGAAUGUCACGAUUGACAUCGCCCCCAUCUCGAUGAGAGCCGCUCAGGCUCUCAGACGCUCCUCCCCUGCUGCAGACACUCAUGCUGCCCGUGACGCUCACACCACCGAUGCUGCUGCUGCUGCUGCGGAAGGAGCCGGCAUGGCUGUGCCGGUGGGCAUUCCCCUGGGCGGCUUCCCCAUCCCCGUGGGCGGCAGCAUGGGAGUUGCUGGCCUGCCUCUCAUGAUGGCUCUUGGCGGCAUGGGGCCAGGGGGGAUGGGGGGGCUGAGGCAGCAUGGGGAGGAGCAGGAGGAGCGGGGUGCACGGCAGCAGCAGCAGCAGCAGCAGCAGCAGCAGCAGCAAGGGGCGAGGCAUGCAGGGCGAACAGACGCUCUUUCCACGGUGGACGAGUAUAUAUCACGUGUGGAGGGUCAGCUGAGGCCGUCAGUGGACCCAGCAGAAGCCGCAGCAGCAGCGGUAGCCAGGAGGGAGCUGCCAUCGCUGCAGCGCCUGGCGGCCACCCUCAGGCGCUCCAACAGCCUCCUCACCGGCCCCCUCUCCUCCUCCCUCCUCAACCUCGCAGAUCAGCUGGAGCACUUGCCGCCUGUGGGCGCUGCUGCUGUGAGUGACUCAGGAACAGCAGGCACAGCAGCAGCAGGAGGAGCAUCAGGGGCACGAGCAGGAGCAGGAGGAGAAGCAGGAGGAGAAGCAGGAGGAGAAGCAGGAGGAGAAGCAGGAGGAGAAGCAGGAGGAGAAGCAGGAGGAGAAGCAGGAGGAGAAGCAGGAGGAGAAGAAGGAGGAGAACCAGCAGCAGCAGCAGCAGCGGAGGCGGCGAUGAGAGAGGCAGUGGAGGGCACGGUGCGGUGUGUGACCCUCAUGGCGCCCUUGCUGCUCGAACUCUCCCACCUCUGCCGCGCGCUGCACUUGCCCGCCCCUGCUCGCCCUCCUGCCUCUGGUGUCACCGCUGCUGCUUCUGGUACUGCAGCUCGUGCCGCUGCUGCUCCUGCCGGCAGUGCUGGUGCAACUGCUGGUGCUGGUGCGAGCAGUGGGCAGCAGCACGGCCCGCGCCUGUCCCCUGUGCCACCGGUCUUCAUCACUGCCCGAGGGCCCAGUGCUCUCUUCACCCAUGUGCGCUCACUCGGGUCCUUGCUUCUGGGUCCUGGGUAUUGGGUUCUGGGUAUUGGGCAACUGCCGUUGCUGCAGCAGAUGCACUUGCGGGCACAGGCACCAAGUGUGGCUGGCAUGGAGGGGGCGAGAGGUGGGGGGGCGGAGCGAGGGCGCGGAGGUGGGGGAGGUAUGGGCGGGAGCAUCAGAUUCCCUCUGUUUGGAGGCCAGCAGCAAUCUGCAGCAACAGCACGCACCGCAACAGAAGCAAGCUCAGAAGCCGCAGGAACAGCACCAGCAACGGCAGGCACAGGAGCAGCAGCAGCAGCAGCAGCAGCAGCAGCAGCGCCAUCUGCUCCUGUUGCGAGUUUCUCUCUCCCAGGGGGAGUGCACGUGGGGCUGUUUGGCCUCCCUGCUUUCGCCGUGCACCACCCUCGCACCCACCCGUCUCGCCCUGCUGCCCGUGCUAGCCCUCCAGCUGACAGCGCCACCACUGCUGCCAACCGCCCUGCUGCUGGUACUGGUGCUGGUGCUGAUGAUGAUGCUACUGCUGCCCGUGGACAGCAGCAGCAGGGGGGACAGCAGCAACUGGGCCAGGGACAGGGGCAGCAGGGGCAGCAGGAGCAGCAGGAGCAGCAGGAGCAGGGGCAGGGGCAGGGGCAGGGGCAGGGGCAGGGGCAGCAGGGGCAGCAGGAGCAGCAGGAGCAGGGGCAGGAGCAGGGGCAGGGGCAGGGGCAGGGGCAGGGGCAGGGGCAGGGGCAGGGACAGGGGCAGGGGCAGGGGGGGUCACUUGUGGAGCAGGUGAGGGCAGCAGCACGGCUGUUCCACAUGCAGCAGGUUCUGGCUGAAUACAACUCCCACAUGCAGGGGCGCGGGCACAGGGCGCAGGGGCAUGAUCAGCAGCAGGUGCAGCAGGGGCAGGAGGGGCAGGAGGUGCAGCAGCGGCGGGCAAAUUACGGUUCUGAGAUCCAGGAGAGGCGAGAGCAGCAGGAGGGGCAGGGUGCGGGGAGGGAGGAGAGAGAGCAGCAGGAAGUGCAGGCACAGGGGAGGCAGCAACAGGAGGAGCAGCAAGCGCAAUCUACACAACUGCAACACCAGCAGCAGCAGCAGGCAUGGUUUGCAGGGCAGCAGCCGCUGCUACAGUUUCCUGCAAAUGUGGUAAUUGUGGGCGGGUCUGGCCCUUUCCCCACCAUGGUCAUGCGCCCCCAGCUGCUGCCAGGGGCGGGCGCAGGGGGGGAGGUGCAGGCGCAGGGGGGAAGCAUAGAGAGGGGGACGGGGACACAAGCAGGGGGGGCGGGUCCACAGGCUGGGGGGGCUGGCGCACAGGCAUUAGGGGCGGGGGUGCAAGCAGGGGGCCUUGAGGCGCUGCUGGGAGGGAUGGGAGGCUUGAGUGGUGUGCUGUCAGGCUUAGGGAGGCUAGCAGGCGAGGGGGGCGGGGAUAGGUCAGUGGAUGCUGGGGACCAGAGAAGAGUGGUGGAAGGAAAUGGAGAGGACAGAGAAAUGCAGCAGCAGGAAGAAGAGCAGCAGCAGCAGCAGCAGCAGCCAACAAACCCUCCCUACCAGCAGGAGCAACAGCAGUCACAACAGGAGCAACAGCAGGCGCAGCAGCAGCAGCAGUUGCAGCAACAGCAGCAAUCUCAGCAGCAAUCGCAGCAGCAGUCACGGCAGCAGCAGCGCGUGCUAAGGAGUGUGCUGGGGCAAGGCCUUGGCGCCCUGAGGCGAGUGCUGGGAGGGGCAGGUCGAGAGGGAGCAACGCGGGCUGUGGGAGGAGGAGGCGGGGCAGCAAGCAGGAGUACGGGUGGGGCAGAGGGGUGUGGGGCGGGUGGAGCUGUGAGGUCCAGUGGUGGGGGAGGCACGUCUGUGAAGGAGAGAGGCAAGGCUCUUUCAGCUGCUGUUGCCGCUGGAAAGCUGAGUCCGGUGAGUUGGUGCCGGAAAACUGAAUGA